AUGGCCAAAUUACCACCAGAGCCACCACUUGUGGGCAGAAUAAUAGUCGCUACUUUAGCGACGUUUAUUGGAGCUUAUGUUGCUUAUGAUUUCGGGAAAGAUUUUGAAUUCGUUAAAUUUACUCCUCAUUCAAAAGAAGAGAUUGAAAGAAGAAAAAGAGAGAAUAUUCCUUUGAAGAUGAAAUCAUUAGAUACCAUGACUUUAGAGUUAAAACCCGAAGUUAAGGAGAGAAUGAGAGCUUUGAAAGAACAAGAAUCCAAAGAAGAGAAGUAG